AUGAAUUACUGUAGCAGAUUACAAUUAAUAACGAUAUUUUUUGCUAUAUGCUGUGUACGUGUGACACGAACUUCUACAGGUUUUUAUGUCGAUAACGAAAAUGCACAAUCUAUACCGCUUGCUGUUAGUAGGCAUGGUAGUGCAAGAUUAGAGUCAAAAAUAUUGGAAUUGUUAGGAAUAAAACAUUCUCGACCAUUAGUUGUCCGUAGGAAGGAUGAUAUUGUGUCGCGUUUUAUGGCUGAUUUAUAUCGAAAUUUGGAACAUGAUGUUGAACUCAAUCCUGCUUACAAAUAUCUAGCAAGUGGACAGUUCUUAUCAGCUGAUGAAAAAGAAGCCAUUGAACUCGGUGAAGCUGAUACAAUUGUAUCUUUCUUGCCACGGGAUCAGAAUACAGUUUCCAAUUACGGCACAAGUUUACGGUUCAAUCUUGCAGAUAUACCAAAAAGUAGUCAACUUCUGCAUGCCGAACUUCGCAUAUUUUUUAAUGGUUCAGUAAAACCAUGGCGUGUCUUUGCAACAGUGCAGUAUCCAAGAAAUAUGGGAUAUCUUGCAACAAUAAAAUCACGUAUAUCGAGUAGAGGUCAUUUUGUUCUAAAUAUUACCGAAGCACUUCUACGUUGGAUUCAAAAUGAACCAGCUCCUGCCAUUGUGACUCUGUAUGCCGUUACAUCACAUGGAGAUAGGAGGUUCUUAGACAGUUUUGGCGAAUGGCGUGGGUUUGGAAUAGCUUCUUUUGUAGAUGUAUCAAAUCAUCUACAUCAGCGGGUUAAGCGUGGUAUUCCUGAUGAGAAUGCAUUUGAAAAUUAUGGGUAUGGAUUCUCAGCAAAGCCUGAUCCCUUGCGACAUUCAGCAUCAAAUAAAGGGUGUCGCAGACGAACACUGUAUGUAGACUUUAAAGACCUUGGUUGGCAGGAUUGGGUCAUUGCGCCAGAUGGUUACCACGCGUAUUACUGUGAUGGGUUUUGUUCAUUUCCGUUAAACAAUCACAUGAACGCGACAAAUCAUGCCAUAGUGCAGACACUUGUCCACCUUAUCGAUCCAACUAGAACAACAGAGGCUAAAUGUGCCCCAUCAUCGUUACGCUCUAUGAAAAUAUUAUUCAUUGACCGUUCACAAAAUGUGGUGCUGAAGCGUUAUAAAAAUAUGCAAUUUGUCUAUUACCGUGGGCUUUAUCAAAACAUUCAGACUUUGGCAGUGUUAGCUGAGUUUAUUAUGAAGCAGUAUUCGCUAAUUUUACGGUACCUCGAACUUGUCCAGUUUAUGCUAGGAACUUAUAUUUGGCUACUAUGGAAGAAUAGAAGCAACUGUAUUAAGUCCUAUAGUGACAAUAUACGAAUUCGUUUGAAAGUAAAGAGUUCCCGUUAUGGUCGUCACAGUUGUGAGACAGUUGUUUGGAUCAGUUGUCGUUGUGCUUUCAUGCUUAUGGCUGGUUCCAAAAAAAUGAAAAAAUUAAUUAUUAAAGUGUGUGACGGUAGGUCUGGGAAAGUAGCUAUCUGUUGCCCUAAAAUUUAUCCAUUAUUUUGUGAGCAACCUGUUGCUUUUAUUGACGAUCUCAGCGCAUUUAAUUUGCAUACCAAAGGUUUUUGUUUGGAGAACACAUUCCUUAAGGUCUUUCCUUCAGAUGGAUUGGAUGGAGUAAAAUUUUGUACGUCAUCAGAAGCGCAUAUUGCCUUAAUUAGAACGUCUUUUUACGAUCAUCGGAUAGAUUAUUCUAACGAACUUCGAAAAUACUUCCUCUGUCCUAAACUCGUAUCAGUAGGUGAUGUUAUUGUGAUUCAUUGGCGUAAACCUUGGAACUGUGAAGUAAUGGAGAUAUUUUUUAAGAUUGUUAGUCUGGACGGCCCGGGCAAAUUAUCCGAAGCAUUUAUAGAUUCAGAAAAAACAACAUUAUUUCAGAGUGAGUCAAUUUUCAACAAAAUUCCAUACAGUAACAUCAGGUGUUAUGUACCACGAAAGUUCUUGGUCUUAGCACAACGAAUUUCUUCAUUGAUCGCAGCUAACUAUACAACAAAAAUAAUGUCUCCUUCAUUGGUUAUACUUUUAAGUGGUUCUCCAGGUUCAGGAAAGAAAUUGUUUUUAAAAUAUUUAUCCUCAGUAACUCAUCUUGAUAUUUAUUUUGCAAAUUCUUUUGAAAUAUGGAGUGAAGCGUCUGGGAUUUACAAACAGAAUAUUCGCAGUACUUUUGAAAAAGCCUCAAACAAUCCUUUUUCGAUGUUAGCAUUUCUCAAUGCAGAUUUAUUUGGAUAUAAUUCUGGCGACACUAAACAAGGGUUGUCUGUUCGUUUUAGUGCUCGAGAAUUGACAUACUUGACAGAACUCUUAGAGACUUGCAAUAUACCCGCAAUAUUUUUGGUAUGUAAUGAUAAUAAAUUGUCAAACUUACCCAUAUCAUUGCGUUCUUUGGUACUUUAUCAUUUUGAAGUCCCUGCAUUAACUGAGGAGGAUCGAGUAUCUGUAAUCAAGAAUGAACUUAAUUCAAAAAAUGCAAUUGAUAUUACUGCAAUCAGUAAUCAAACAACUGGGUUUACAUUGUCAGAUUUGCAUAAUCUUUUGUCCGAUGCAUUAUUCCGAAAAAGAAUAAGCAGUUCGAUGACGGUUGAAACUGGGCAUUUCAUGUGGGCAAUCGGGAUGCGCAACACUAUGUUGGCUAAUGAAAUGAAGAUCUCUAAAAUUCCAAAAACCACGUGGAAUGAUAUUGGGGGUUUGGAAGAUGUAAAGCGAGUUGUCACCGAAAGUUUGCUUAUUAAUUUAAAUAAAACGAAUAAUAUGAAACGCUAUGGUGUUUUGUUGUAUGGACCUCCUGGUUGUGGUAAAACGCUCAUCGCCAAAGCUGUUGCAAAUGAGUUCAAAAUAAAUUUUUUGAGCGUGAAAGGACCUGAGCUUCUCAAUAAAUACGUUGGUCAAAGUGAAGCCAAUGUACAUCAAGUCUUCGAAAAAGCUCGAAUGGCUGAACCUUGUGUGAUAUUUUUUGAUGAGCUCGAUUCUCUUGCUUGUAUUCGCGGCCGUUUCGGAGAUUCCAGUUGUGUAUCAGAUAACAUUGUAUCACAAUUGAACAUUGAAUUGGAUUGCUUGGAAGAUUUUAAAGUUUUCGUUUUGGGUGCUACAAACCGCCUAGAUUUGUUAGAUCCAUCGUUGUUGAGACCUGGAAGAUUUGACAAAAUUGUCGAAGUGAGCGGGACGAGAGAUGUUGUUACUCGUGAGUGCAUACUUCGCGCAGCUGGUCGGAAUAUCAUGUUUGCUAAUGACGUCAAUUUAAAAGAAAUAGCAGAAUUGUGUCGUAAUCUUUCAUCAGGUGCAGACUUAUACGCAGUCAUCUUACGCGCACAGGCAAAUGCACUACGAAAACAUAUUGCAGCAAUGGAAGCUAACCUAGUUUCACCUAAAGAGCACUUGUUGGUCACACAAAGCAAUCUUAAAGAAGCAGUAAAGGAGGUAUUGCCAUCAUUUCCUCGAACAACCAAAUGUUCACGCAGAGUGUAA